AAAAUCUUAAAAAAAAACUCAGCUGUCAAGUGCACGUUUCGGUUUUGAGGUUAUAUUUUUAAUUUGUGUUUUUUACUGUUAAAUAUUUAAUAAUUCCAGCAGCUACAAAAAUAUGGGUGAUUUUGUGUUGAAAGAGAGUGAGUCGGAAUUAGAUUCUGACGAAGAGUUACAAGAAGCAUUUGCUAAAGGCUUACUAAAACCUGGACUCAAUGAAGAGAUAGAGAGAAUUGAAAAAAAAUAUGCAAAUAACGUGGCAGAUUUGAAGGCUAAGUUGAAGGAAUUUAAAUUGAAAUUACCAUGGGUUGAGACAUUAGAUUUGAUCACUACUGUAGCACCUUUGGCACCUGACGUCGCUUUACAAAUGCAAGAAACAGCGCAACGGAGAAAAAACAUAAAAGAGAACAGCAAAGGUAAACAGCAGUAUGACCCAACUCAGGAUCCAGUGUUGAAUGAGUUCAAGCGAGAGAACCUCAUCCAUCGGCAGGCCCAGGCUGCUGUUGUUGAAGGUAUUAAGAGGCUGAAGGAACUUGGUAUUCCAACUAAAAGGCCUGAUGAUUACUUUGCAGAAAUGGCAAAGACAGAUGAACACAUGCAGAAGGUCCGCAAGAACCUGAUGGCCAAGCAGGCGGCGCAGGCGCGCACCGAGAAGGUGCGCCAGCUCAGAGAACAAAAGAAAAUCGCCAAGAGGGUCCAGAUUGAUGCAAAACUAAAACAGCAGGCUGACAAGAAACAGAUGUUAGAACAAUUGAAGAGAGUCAGGAAGGGAAAAUCUGCAGACUUAGAUUUCUUAGAAGACAAUAAGGGCAAAGGAAAUAAAGGGAAGGGCCCACAGAAUAAGAUUAACAAAAAACGCGCGAAUAAGGACAAAAAAUUCGGCUUUGGCGGGAAGAAAAAAGGCUCCAAAUUAAAUACCAGGGAAUCGUCAAAUCAGAUGGACGGCUUCAACAGCUCAUCUAAGAAAAAGCCAUUUAACUUCAAGACUAAAAACUUCAAACCUAACAAGAAACCUCAGAAAAAUCAAAGGCCAGGGAAGUCUAAAAGAAAGAAUCUUAAGAGAUAAUUCUAGGUUUAAGAUAUUUGAAUAACAAGUAAUAAAUUGAUAACAAUGUAA